AUCUCUAUAUGAAUGUUCUUCCCUUCUCAUUUACUGAACAUCCUGCAUUCUCAUUUUGCUUUGAGAAAAGAAAAAGUCAUGGCAAUCCAUGGGAAAAGCUUUGCCCUGCUGUUCCUAUUUGUGGCUGUUCUUAGCCUUCUUGCAGCCCCUGCUUCGGGAGAAAAUGUGACCGUAACGUUUGUAUUGGUUCAACAUGCCGAUUUUGGACAAGUGUUUAAGAUCGUUGGAAACAGUACCGAGCUGGGCAAUUGGGAGCCUACUAGUGUGAACAACAUGACUUGGACUCCUGGCGAUGCCUGGGCCAUUUCUGUGACAUUGACGAAGGGAGUACCAUACCAGUACAAACCAAUGGUGGUGAGCUUUGCUAGUGGAAACAACGUGUGCUGGGCGCCUGACAAUAACCGCGACUUAACAGUGCCGGCAAAUUAUUCCAACCCUGAUUAUGUGGAAACAGUGUUUUGGAAGUUAUCUUGCGGUUACGAUUGUCAUUCCACUACUGCCUGCUCUGUCACAGGGACGAUCUUAGACCCUAUUCGCCAGGUGGUUUGAUAAAACAAAUCUGAGCUCAUGCGUACAUGAAGCUGACGAUCUUUCCUUACGUAUCUUGAUACAAUAAGCUUUGUACUGCGUAUCUAUAUUAUCAGUCUUAUGAGCAAAAAUAUAUAACUGGGCUUUUUGUUA